AUGCGAAGACUUUUGACAGAAAAUAAAUGUAUACCACUUAUAGGUGCCUACAAUGGGUUAAUUGGAAAAGCUAUUAAAAGUGCAGGGUUUAAAGGUUGCUAUCUAAGUGGGGGAGCUCUUCAUGCAUCAAAAGGGUUUCCUGAUGUUGGGUUGUUAACUUAUGAAUCUUUUUGCCAAGCAAUCAAAGAAAUUCAUGAUAGCUGCCAGCUGCCUAUUCUUGCAGACGCCGAUACAGGCUUUGGAGGUCCUGAGAUUAUAAGAAAAGUUGUUUAUGAGUACUGAAAUUCAGGUGCUGGCGGAUUUCAUAUUGAAGACCAAACUUUUCCUAAAAGAUGUGGCCAUUUAGAUGGAAAAACCCUUGAAAGCACUGAAAUAAUGCAAGAAAAAGUUGAAGCUGCCAAAAAAGCAUCAUUAGAUUUCACUAAUGGAGAAUUUGUUGUAUGCGCUAGAACUGAUGCUUUUUCGGUUGAAGGGAUAGAUAGCGCAAUUAAGAGAGCCCAAGCUUAUAUCGAAGCAGGAGCUGAUAUGAUUUUUCCCGAAGGUCUGCAUAAUAUUGAAGAUUUUGAAAAGUUUUAUAGAGAAAUGAAAAACAAAGCAUGGCUUUUAGCCAAUUUGACAGAAUUUGGCAAAACAUCGCUUGAUAUCAAUGUUGCUAAACUUGAAGAAGUAGGCUACAAAGUAGUCAUUUUCCCAGUCUCUACUUUAAGAGUUGCUAUGAAAGCAAUAAAUGAUUUAUUAGAAGCAAUUAAAAACGAAGGAUCUCAAAAAUUAAGAUUAAGAUUACGCUGGGUAUUUAAGGUCCCUACUACGUCCGAGGUCGCAUGCCACGGUUUCCCGUGUGGUGGCAGAGCGUUCACCAAGCCCGGGCCGUCUCAUACCGGCUUUGCUGACCACCUCCAUUUCCAACUUGGAUCGUCGCCUAAGUUUACGCCAACUCCGCUUCGUCGUCCGCCAGAUCUGCCCAUUGAAGGGCACCUUUUCAACUGGAGAGACCCCCGUUUUGGUGUCUAACUCGCCUCCCCUCUUUUCCGGUCAUCCCGAGAAAGAACUCAACAGCUUUCGCCAUUCGGGGCGAGCCACUAAAGCAGCUUAGGCAGGUAAGUCGCCCUGCCUCAUUUCGGGCACUCACUGGGCUGAGCGCUGCUGGCAAAAAGAAGUCACGAAUAACUGCCCAUGGGUCUGGUCGCAAAAACAGCGGCUCUCGCGCUUAGGCCUCUCGCUUCGAGGUCCCAGACGUUAUUGGGCUAAUUCCUGGCUCCAAAAACCAUGCCCGGAUAUACAUGGGUAACCACCACUGAGAGGGUGGAUCGGUCGCCAUACGCCAUUUUAUGUAUAUCGAAGGAUCUCAAAAAUCGACUCUUCACAAAAUGCAAACAAGGAAAGAACUAUAUAGUCUGCUUGAUUAUAACCCAAAUCAGCCCUGGGAAUAUAAAAUACCUAAAAAUUAA